GGCAAGGCAGGAUGCCUGGAGGCUGAGGCGGUGGAGCGGGAGGAGCGGCUCCACGUGCAAGCUGCUAUUCCUCCCAUCUCCUGGGAUCAGGCAAAAGCACACACAGAAUGUUCCUGUUUUCUGUCUCCCAGUUACUUCCUGCCUUGUGACCACACACCCCGGCUUGGGCUUGACAGGGCUGCUCUGCAGAACUGAAGGACUGGUGUCCCUGACCACACAGCAGCGCUACCAAGGACAGUUUCUUUACAAGGUCUGUCACCUAAGCAGUCAGAAUGGCCAGAGGAUCAGUGUCUGAUGAGGAGAUGAUGGAACUCAGAGAGGCCUUUGCCAAAGUCGACACCGACGGCAAUGGAUACAUCAGUUGCAAUGAGCUGAAUGACUUGUUCAAGGCCGCCUGCCUGCCUCUGCCUGGGUAUCGCGUGAGAGAGAUCACAGAAAACCUAAUGGCCACGGGCGACCUAGACCAAGAUGGAAAGAUCAGCUUUGAUGAGUUUAUCAAGGUCUUCCAUGGCCUGAAAAGCACCGAGGUUGCCAAGACCUUCCGGAAAGCUAUCAACAAAAAGGAAGGGAUCUGCGCGAUUGGCGGCACCUCCGAGCAGUCCAGCGUUGGCACCCAGCACUCCUACUCGGAGGAAGAAAAGUAUGCCUUCGUCAACUGGAUAAACAAAGCCCUGGAGAAUGACCCCGACUGCCGGCAUGUCAUCCCCAUGAACCCCAACACCAAUGAUCUCUUCAACGCUGUAGGGGACGGCAUAGUUCUUUGUAAAAUGAUCAACCUGUCAGUGCCAGACACGAUCGAUGAGAGAACAAUCAACAAAAAGAAGCUCACACCCUUCACCAUUCAGGAAAACUUGAACUUGGCUCUGAACUCUGCCUCAGCCAUUGGGUGCCAUGUGGUUAAUAUAGGAGCUGAGGACCUGAAGGAGGGGAAGCCUUAUUUGGUCCUGGGACUUUUGUGGCAAGUCAUUAAGAUUGGGUUGUUUGCUGACAUCGAACUCAGCAGAAAUGAAGCUCUGAUCGCCCUUCUGAGAGAAGGAGAGAGCCUAGAGGACUUGAUGAAGCUGUCUCCCGAAGACCUGCUGCUGCGGUGGGCUAACUACCACCUGGAAAACGCAGGUUGCACCAAAAUCGCCAAUUUCAGCACUGACAUCAAGCUGACUGACUUCUACAACAGUAUAAAGGACUCGAAGGCGUAUUACCACCUGCUUGAGCAGGUGGCUCCCAAAGGAGACGAAGAAGGAAUCCCCGCUGUCGUGAUUGACAUGUCUGGGCUGAGGGAGAAGGAUGACAUCCAGAGGGCAGAGUGCAUGCUGCAGCAGGCGGAGAGGCUGGGCUGCCGGCAGUUUGUCACAGCCACCGAUGUUGUCCGAGGGAACCCCAAGUUGAACCUGGCUUUCAUUGCCAACCUCUUUAACAAAUACCCUGCCUUGCACAAACCAGAGAACCAGGACAUUGACUGGGGGGCUCUGGAAGGUGAGACGAGGGAAGAGCGGACAUUCAGGAACUGGAUGAACUCAUUGGGAAUCAACCCUCGAGUCAAUCAUUUGUACAGUGACUUAUCGGAUUCCCUGGUCAUCUUCCAGCUCUAUGAAAAGAUCAAAGUCCCUGUUGACUGGAACAGAGUAAACAAGCCUCCGUACCCUAAGCUGGGGGGCAAUAUGAAAAAGCUUGAGAACUGUAAUUACGCCGUGGAACUGGGGAAGAAUCAGGCUAAGUUCUCCCUCGUUGGCAUCGCAGGACAAGAUCUCAACGAAGGGAACCACACUCUCACACUGGCGUUGGUGUGGCAGCUCAUGAGAAGGAGCGUGGAGAUCAUUCUAAGAUUGGAGACAGCUGGAUGUGUUGAUAACCCUCCCUUUCUCUCUACUCAGGACCCCAAAAUCAGUAGCAGCCUUCCUGUUCUGGAUCUCAUUGAUGCCAUUCAACCAGGCUCCAUAAACUAUGACCUUCUAAAGACAGAAAACUUGGACGAUGAAGAGAAGCUCAACAAUGCAAAGUAUGCCAUCUCCAUGGCCCGAAAAAUUGGAGCAAGAGUGUAUGCCCUUCCAGAAGACCUGGUUGAAGUGAACCCCAAAAUGGUCAUGACAGUGUUUGCCUGCCUCAUGGGGAAAGGGAUGAAGAGGGUGUAAUGCCCAGGGGAGCAAGCCAGAAGGUGACCCAGUUAUCCCUGAAGGUCAGCGCAGGGUGCUCCCAGGAUACAGAGGACUGUUCAAGCCAUUCCAAAGUCCUGAACCUUAGAGACAUUAUAUGAGAUUCCAGAAAGUGCAUAUUUGGCCAAGUAGCUUCUACUGUCCUUAGCAAUACAUGCUUCUCUCUUUUGGUUUGAUUUUGGUUUUCAGAAGAUUCACUCUCCUACAGAUUUUUUUUUUUAUUCUUUGAAAUUCUACCAGAAAAAAAAAAAAAGCUAAAGAGAAGUUAUUUCCAUAUGCCUUCCCUGAUUUCACUGGUAAUCAAGGGUAAAACUAUAGUGUUUCUGUCACUUGAUUUUUCAAACCAGUUUUAUCUAGCUGCUUUUUUCCUUGUGUGGUGUGAGGACCUGGAGGAGAUCAUCUACCUUGCCUUAAAUAAAGCCUGUUGCUGGAGGCCAGCCCUGGACGGUCACAGUUUCUCCUUGCAUUCCCUUCUCUCACCUUCUGAGUUGCUCCAGCCCCUCAGAACCUCAUCUGCUCUGUGGUCUCCUUUCUUGCCAUCCUGCAAAAUUGGGGAGCGAGGCUCAAGGAAUGAAACCACUAAGGGCAGGUGCGGGGAGAAUCACGGAGCAUCUACUCUGCUGGGUGCUGCAUUGCCACACAGUUAUCCCUCCUCGUUAGAUAUCUGGUCACUGCAGUGUUGGCAUCAUGUCUGAUGACAUUCAGAAACAAUCCUGCUCAGUUUCAUUUGCUUUGAGACAUCAGAAUAUUUGAUUGCCACCAGGCCAUAUUACCAAUUCUCACUUUGUUGGUACUGCAAAAGCUCCCCCCCCUCAAGUUCCUGAGGGGUUAAUAUGUGCCAAUAAUAUAUGUCCCCGCCUCACCCAAAUGCUUGCGCAGACACAUACACAUAUGUAGCUCGAUGUCAAGAGUAGACUCGCUUACUAGGAACUGCCUGGGUUUCCAAAGCAAACCAAAAAGGACAGUAUGAAUUUGAGUAGAUCCCCUAGAUAAGCGAUUUCCAUGAAAACUUAUCAAAAGCUAAAAACGCCACAGAACGUUGUGAACCAAUGCUAAACUUGCUCUGCGUCAGUGAAAGACUUAUUCCCAAGGUAUCUUCUUUGGCGAUAGCAGGAUGUAAUGGAACUUCAGCAUCUUCCGAAGCAGUGAAAAUGCAGGGUCUUGACUUCUUUCUUUGGCAGUGGGCUCAGGAAGCCAAGAAAUGACUCUUUCCAGCUCCCUGCCAGUAUCCCUGCUGCAUCUGAGUGCAAAGUGUGUGGCUGUGACCUUAGCCUGAACUCCGCGAUUCCUCAGAUGCUGUCGCCCCGUCUGCCUCCGUGAAGGAAGGGUGUUAUUGCCUUAAUGGAAAAUGAAGACAAAUCAUGUUAACAGUCUUUCCAAAUAAAAUGUUCCCAAUU